GUGGCUCAGCCAAUCGGAAUGGACGGGAGCCCUCAUUCCCACCCUUCCUAUUUGCUCCUGGCGGCCGUGAGGAAGUUUUGUGCGCGUCGCCGGUCAGUGGUGGUGAAUGGGCGGAUGGAUGGAUUCAUUGUAAAAUAAUGGGAUUCGCGCAGCCCUGAUUGCGCAACGAUGGCAGACUCGGCCUCCCUGGAGGUCCUGGCGGCCGAAGAGGAGAGGGAGUUUCAGAAUAUUUUAACUAUGAUCGGAGGCAAAGAGAGGAUUUAUUUGGUCGGCGACGCCAACGGAGGUAAGUGCGCGGAUGAGGAUGGAGCUGCGGCGCUGCAGGAGUUCCUACGUGACAUGUUUCACGGCGCGGAAAGCAACGGACAGCCCCGCUCCUCGCCCUCGGGCGGUCGCGGGGAUCACGCGAGCGCAGCCCACGCUCCUUCGAGUACCGAGCCGGUUAAAUGCGGCGACGUCUGCGUAAGAGUGAAGCCGGAGGACCGCGACGUGAGAUCCAGCCCGGCGGCACAGGACACGCAGAAUGACACGCGGCCGUCACGCAACGGAAGCGCGCGGCGAGUAGCGACGCGGAGGACGGACGUUUACAGCCAGAAGCGGGCGAUAGAGUCCCGUGUUAUCAUGUUCAUAUUCAGAGAGACGUUUCUCUCCAACAGACUGUGUUUGAAGGAGAUCCUGAAGGACGUGAAGGCGCGCACGAAAGUUGCCACGGGUCCCCGACCGGCUUUGAUCGGAUUAAUACGCACCAGACAGGAAAACGCCGAGUCGCGUCGCAGCGCGCAGAUCCUGGAGCGUCUGAUCCGCUCUGUGUUCCACAAACAUCCUCCAGAGACAAUAUGGGUCGACUGUUUCAUCCCGAAGAACGAGGCCAACAUGCUCAGCAUCAAGAAGAACACCUGCCAAGUCAUAUCGUCGUCACAAACCAUAAUACCAGGGAUGAUGGGAGUCUGCUGUUUUGGCCAAUCCAAUGUUUGCCCUGGCCCCAGAGAAGAGGAGCCGGAGACCAGGGCAAUGACACUUCAGCCAGCAGUCAGAGAGGUUGCACUGGAACUGCAGAAGAAAACAUUCCGCUGAAAGCCAGUUCUUCUUCUGCUGUUCGUCAUGUGGAUGGGGGACCAGCUAGAGAGGACAGCUGAAGUCCUCACACAUGACCAGUGGCUGCAGGCCUAACACUGUGGACAAUCUUUUUUCCUUUUUAACCAUAAAAACAAUGGUUAGCAUUAUGGUGCCAGAGAACCUACAGGUUACGGUGUUAAUUCACGGUGCUCAAUAUUCUCACGGUGGAGCCAGCAUAACUCUUACCUUAUGCAGUAUGUUGUGAAUGUGGUCAUCAUCUCACCUAUGAGUUCUCUCGGUUGUACUAUGGCAGUCAUAAUAGGUUUUACGUAUUGUAGAAUUGUCCUGUUAAUUAUGCCACUGUUUUUGCUCCAUUUAUUGGACAUGUUUGUGCCAUGAAAGUACAGUAUCAACCUAUGAAGUGGGUCCUACACUGAGGCCAAAGUCUGGCUGUAUCUACUGACAGAAAACACCCAUCCAAAUGUUUUCAGGUUCAUGGUGAAGCUGUGUGAUGUUUGACCUUUUUUUCUUUUGCUUUAGCGGAUUUUAGUGCCUUAGAUGAAUGAUUUUGACAACUGCACUAUCUGUAGCUAAAGAAAACGGCGCAGACCGGUUUCUACUCUCUUGUACUGUAGGCUAUGAAGUUUGUAAUAAAACUGAAGGAAUUACAACAAA